AAAAACAAUAACAUAAUAAUAACGAAAAUAAAGAUAGAAAAUAUACAUACCAAACCCAUGAUCAAUCUCAUCAUAUAACUGUUUAUUGAGUAUGAAACAAUUAAUGUCUUGGACACAAGUAGUUAUACUCUUACCACUAGUCUUAUUACUCUCGAUUUUUCAUCAGCAAACAUUUGCGGAUGAUAAGGAUAAAACGAUUGGGUACGGAUACUCUCUCCAAUCAAUUGGCCUUGGUCCGUCCGGGAAAGUAUUGGCAGCCGAUCUUCAACUCAUUAACAAGUCUUCUGUCUUUGGACCUGACAUUGAUGAGCUCCGGUUCGUCGCAAGCUUUGAAACAGCUGAUCGUUUAAAUAUCCGAAUCACUGAUGCUAAACACGAAAGAUGGGAAAUCCCAAACAGCAUUCUUCCACGCCAAUCACUAUCUUCUCAUAUCUUCACGCCAAAACUAAACCAACAUAUGUCUGCCAACCUUGUGCUAUCCGAACGUACCUCUGACCUCAGCUUAACCCUCUACAACACCACACAGUUUGCGUUCUCCAUCUCUCGCCGUUCCACGGGUGAUAUACUCUUCGACACCAGGGGCACUGUUCUCAUUUUUAAAGAUCAGUACUUAGAAUUAACAUCUUCACUCCCUGCUCAACGGUCUUCUAUUUAUGGCAUUGGGGAACAUACUAAGCGUUCGUUUAAGUUAUCACAUAAGCAGACGCUUACUCUUUGGAAUGCUGAUAUUGCAAGUGCAAAUCCUGAUUUGAAUUUAUAUGGAUCACAUCCAUUUUAUAUGGAUGUAAGAUCCCCGGAUGCUGAUGGGAAAGUGUUGGCGGGUACCUCUCAUGGCGUGUUGUUGCUUAAUAGUAAUGGCAUGGAUGUUGUAUACAAUGGUGAUAGUAUUGCAUAUAAGGUGAUUGGUGGUGUUCUUGAUUUCUAUUUCUUUGCUGGGUCAUCGCCGGAAUCGGUGAUGGAUCAAUAUACUCAGCUCAUUGGCCGACCGACUCCCAUGCCAUAUUGGUCCUUCGGGUUCCAUCAAUGUCGAUACGGUUACAAAGAUGUUCAAGAUCUUGAGGGUGUUGUUGCUGGCUAUGCGAGAGCCAAUAUACCACUAGAGGUUAUGUGGACAGAUAUAGACUAUAUGGAUGCAUAUAAAGAUUUCACAUUAGAUCCCAUUUAUUUUCCACUAUCAAAUAUGUCAGCAUUUGUUCAGAGUCUUCACCAAAAUGGUCAGAAGUAUGUUCUAAUACUAGAUCCAGGUAUUAGUAUCAACACGACAUAUGAAACAUACAUAAGAGGACUGCAAGCCGAUAUCUAUAUAAAGCGUGAUGGCGUACCUUACGUAGGUGAGGUUUGGCCCGGUCUUGUUAAUUUCCCGGACUUUUUGAAUCCCAAAGGAGCGACCUUUUGGGCAGAUGAGGUCAAAAGGUUUCAUGAUCUUCUACCUUUUGAUGGCAUUUGGAUUGACAUGAACGAACAAUCCAAUUUUAUAACUUCCUCCUCAUCUCCCUCGUCUACACUUGAUAACCCUGCUUAUAAGAUUAACAAUUCUGGUGUCCAAAUGCCCAUUAAUAAUAAAACUGUACCUGCUAGUUCUCUGCAUUUUGGCAAUAUCACUGCUUAUGAUGCCCAUAACCUGUACGGAUUUUUGGAAGCAAAAGCAACAAAGGAUGCAUUGAUCAAAACCACUGGUAAACGGCCUUUCGUACUUUCCAGAUCGACAUUUGUUGGGUCUGGGAUGUAUACAGCCCACUGGACUGGAGACAACGCUGCAACAUGGGAUGAUUUGGCCUAUACCAUUCCCAGUAUAUUGAAUUUCGGUUUGUUUGGGAUUCCAAUGGUUGGUGCUGAUAUUUGUGGGUUUUCUGGAAACACUACUGAAGAACUUUGCCAGCGGUGGAUUCAGCUAGGGGCUUUUUAUCCAUUCGCAAGAGAUCAUUCUGAGAUAUAUAGCACACGACAAGAACUCUUCCUAUGGGAUUCAGUAGCUGCAACAUCUCGUAAGGUGCUUGGGCUACGUUACCAAAUGCUUCCCUACUUGUACACAUUAAUGUAUGAAGCACAUUCAAAAGGCACUCCAAUAGCCCGACCUCUAUUCUUCUCAUUCCCACAAGACACCAACACCUAUGAUAUCAGUACCCAGUUUCUUCUAGGAAAAGGCGUGUUAGUAUCACCUGUUUUAACCCCUAAAACAGUCUCAGUUGAUGCAUAUUUCCCAUCUGGAAAGUGGUUUGAUCUGUUCAACUAUUCUAAUUCAGUUAGUGUGGACUCAGGGACUUAUGCUAGGCUCGACGCACCAGCUGACCAUAUAAACGUUCAUAUACGUGAAGGGAACAUAUUAGCUUUACAAAAAGAAGCUUUGACUACAGAAGCAGCUAGGGAGACGCCGUUUCACAUACUGGUGGUGGUUAGUGGUCAUGAGAAUAGCACAGGUGAGGUGUUUUUGGAUGAUGGAGAAGAAAUGGAGUUCGGGAACUGGACAUUGGUAAAAUUUUCUAGCCAAGUUCUAGGAAAAAAGGUGACGUUGAGAUCAGAGGUAGAGAAUGGAGGAUUUGCAUUGAGUCGAAAAUGGGUGAUAGAAAAGGUGACAUUUAUUGGGUUGGAAAAUGGUUCCACUGCAAGUAGUUGUGUAUCAUGUAUAAAUCCAAGGGAUGAAGUACUUGGCGGAAGAGUGGUGGUUGGUGGUGGUGGUGGUGAAAGGUUCAGUAAAGCGGAGGUCACGGGUUUGUCUUUGUUGAUAGGGGAAGAGUUCGAGUUGAAGUUGGACCUCAACGAAUGAUGUUGUAAAUGUUGUGUUUCUGCUAUUCUGCAAUGUAUCUUUGUUUUGAAUGAUGCAUGCAUAUAUCCCUUUACAUCAAUAAAAAUAAAUCUCGUAAAGAUAGAAUUUCGAUUCUUUUA